AUGUCUGGAAACCUGCUCGAACAACGGCGCAAGCAUGCCUCGCUCGAAUCGCCAGACUCGGCCACCAUGACGGCCAACCUCAUGAGCAGAAGCUCCUUCACCCUCGAUAAUGCCCCUCCACCGACACCUCACCCCGAGGCCGCAUCCAAAGGCUUCACAGACCUUCCCGAGCAAGACAAGCGCAACUUCCUGCUCCUGGUCCUAUUAUACUUCCUUCAAGGCAUCCCCAUGGGCCUGGCUAGCGGCUCGGUCCCCUUCCUCCUCAAAUCACAUCUUUCCUACGGCCAGAUAGGUGUGUACUCGCUCGCUUCAUAUCCUUAUUCGCUCAAGCUAUUAUGGUCGCCGAUCGUCGAUGCUGUGUGGACGCCCAGAUUGGGCAGAAGAAAGAGUUGGAUCCUCCCUAUUCAGACCAUCAGUGGCUUCGGCAUGAUCUGGCUCGGAUCGCACGUUGAAGAGAUGAUGAUCAAGGCUGGUGAGAACGGAGGUGCUGGUGUCUGGAACUUUACAGGAUGGUGGUUCGCCCUCGUCUUGAUGUGCGCCACACAAGACAUUGCUGUUGAUGGCUGGGCUCUCACGCUCCUCUCGCCGUCCAACCUCUCUUACGCCAGUACCGCUCAAACCGUAGGCCUGACCGCCGGCCAGUUCCUUUCCUACACCGUUUUCCUCGCCCUGUCGUCUAAGGACUUUGCCAACAAGUGGUUCCGCAGCGCUCCUGGAGACACUGGUCUUCUUACCCUCGGCGGCUAUCUCAGCUUCUGGGGAUGGGCAUACCUGGUUGUGACCCUCGGCCUUGCUUUCCUCAAAAAGGAAGACAAGACCAAAGAAAGAGAUGGCAUCAUGGAAGUCUACAGAGUCAUGGGUGGUAUUCUCAGCUUGAAGAACAUCCAGACAUUCAUCGUCAUCCAUUUGAUCGCAAAGAUUGGUUUCCAAGCAAACGACGCGGUCACAAAUCUCAAGCUGCUGGAAAAGGGCUUCAGCCAGGAGGAUCUGGCUCUCACUGUCCUGAUCGAUUUCCCCUUCGAGAUCUCCUUAGGUUACUAUGCUGGAAAGUGGAGUGAACAAUAUGCCCCAAUGCGACUCUGGUGUUGGGCGUUUGUUGGUCGACUGGUCGCUGCAGCCUUCGCCCAGUUCACCGUCAUGAUCUUCCCCAGCGGUGGCACCAACCUGCCCUACCUCUGCGUCGUUAUCGUUGAGCACGUCUUCAGUACUUUCAUGAGCACCGUCAUGUUCGUCGCCGUAAGCGCUUUCCACGCAAAGAUUGCCGAUCCUCACAUCGGCGGCACCUACAUGACCCUCCUCGCCACCGUCUCCAACCUCGGCGGCACAUUCCCUCGCUUCUUCAUCCUCAAAUUCGUCGACAUGUUCACAGCCGCCACCUGUGUUCCCGCUUCCAUCCCACCUCCCGACUUCAAGGGUGACCUGAUCACCAAACCAUUCUCCUGCGCCCUCGAGAACGACCGUCAUAUCUGUGUCAAUGGCGGCGGCAGUUGCAAUAUCACCACUGAUGGCUAUUACAUUGUAAACGUCCUAUGUAUCAUCAUCGGUGUAGUCACCUUCUGGGGCUUCAUCAAACCUGCAGCUUUGAAAUUGCAGAGUUUGCCCUUGAGGGCGUGGAGAAUUGCUGAUCAAUAG